AUGCCGGAUGUGGAUUACACGAUCAAGAACGCCCUGGAAAAUGCGAAUCAUGUGGGAAAAGUGAACGUUGUCGCGCGUGAAGUCCAUAGAAUACUCCUAUUCUCACCGAUUUUGAUGUCGUUUCAAGAUCUUAAACGUCAAUUAUACGAAGAGUUUGGUGUGGAUGCAGAUUGCGUUGGCGUGAGACUUGGGUACAAAGACUUUGAGAUGUUCUGCCGGCAUAAUUUGGCGAUGAAAAACGUCAUUGAGUCAAUUAACAACGAAAUGAUAACACCGAUAGUCCAAGAAUGUAUGAAGGCCGUAGUAGAUCAGAUACGACAAUCUCACGAGGAAAGGGAAGAAGAAAGGAAAAAGAAGUCAAAGUAAGUUGAAUACUUUUACUUUAUUUGUUGUCUUUUAGUCCUCGCUGGAAAGUGAAGAUGGAUGAGGAGCUGGAUUGGUUCCAGAAAAAAGGGUUUUAUCCUUCAGACGACGAACUUGAUGUAAGUAUCCAAUCUGCCAACUGGUUGGACAAAUUAAAGCAGCAAUUAUUUUGUUUUAGGCCCGGCACAAGAUAGUUCUCGCGUUAUGGGAGUAUAUGAAACGAACGCGCCGGAAUAAAUGUAGUCAUGGAGAUAUGAAUAAAUUUCUAGAGGAGUUAUUCAAGCUACGUCUAAAUGCAGCUGUAAGUUUUUUUUUGACAUUUAUGAAUUGUUUUGAUUUUAGUUACACAAGGUGUUUGUCGUAAGGGAUAAAUCAAAUAGGACAGCCAAACUUCCUGAUCUCCAAACGGCCAUGCAAUUUGAGCUUGAAUAUCAAGGAGCGAGAGAUGCCGGGACGAUAUUCUUUAAGUUCAAUUCGCAUGUUCUCAAUUCCAACUAUGAACCCAGUAAGUAGUUGUCAGUUUUAGAUGAGAAUGGUUCUGAACUCCGCUAGCGUGUCUUUUAAUAGACUAAUUCAAUGUUUUCAGAUCUCCAGUUAAUUGAGCAUUAUUAUGACACCAUUCGGAGGCAUCGAAUGGAAUAUGAAGCCAAGAAAGCGGCCGAAGCGAUGAAAGCCGAGCCAAAAACGACGUCAAGUAUUGAGUGGGAUUAG